UCAUUACUCCGAGCCAGUACCUCCAUCGAUGCGAAAAUCAACGUUUCGCUCACUCUACUUCCACAUUGACGUAUCGCAUUCUUGGACACAAUGAAGCACAACGACACCAAAGGCAGCAUGAUUGGCUUGUCUGUAGCAUUCAUGAUACUUCCUUUGACAUUCAUGUGUCUCCGCAUCUGGGCAAAGGCUCUGGCAAAACGAUUUGCUUGGGACGAUUACCUCGCCAUUGGAGCUCUGUUGGUAUCGUUGUCGUGCUGCAUACUUCAGUUUGCAACUGCAAUAUACAGCCAUCUGGGACAUCAUCAGCUACUCGAUGCAGAUGGAAACCCCAUCUUGGACGAUCCAGGACUGAUCUUCUUCGAAGAGACGAAGUUCGCGCUGAACAUGAUCUCCAUUGUUGGUCUUGGACUCAUCAAGUCUUCGAUACUAGUCAUGUACAUAAAUAUCUUCGACGUUCGCAAGUUCCGGAUUAUCGUCUACGUCGUUCUUGCAUACGUCGUUGGUUGGGCCAUGAGCUUUACAUUCUCGCAUCUCUUCACAUGUUACCCCAUCACAGUCUUCAUCGAGCCAUACUACGGCAACAGCUGUGUACAGACAGUUCCAAUGUUUCUGGCUCUUCUCUACACAGAUGUUCUCGCCGAUUUCGUCAUUCUUGUGCUCCCGAUACCCAUGGUGUUGAGCGUCAAGCUUGAUAUGAAAAAGAAGCUGGCUGUAAUUGGCAUGCUAGUGCUAGGCGCAGCGGUUUGCGCUGUGAGCGUUACGCGCGUCAUAGCCACAUACUCCAUUGCAGAGGAAUACAUCAAACAUCCGGACGAUGUGAUCUACUAUACUGCGCCAGUGUUCUUCUGGACCAACAUCGAGCUAUCUCUGGCUAUAGUGUGCGCUUGCCUGCCAACACUAGGACCUAUCUGGUUCCACUUCAAUCCACGGCCCGCAACGACGCACACUGGCUCAGGCUACGGGUCGUCGAAGCUCCCAGGUACGAGAAACAGCAGUUUUGGUGUCAAGUACAGUGGUCUUGCUCGCAAACCGUACAAGGAGCUGGAGGAGAUGGAGGAGAUGGAGCUUACGCGUUACGAAGGGACGCCAUCGACAUCGUCCGAUCUCCCAUCCAUGACCAACGAAAAAGGCAUCUUGGAGGCUGUCACCAUCCAUCUAACGCUGGUAUGAGGUGCAUGGACAGCUAUCGGUCAACUGGCAUUCUCGUUUUUGAGUACAGUACGGAAUGAAUAUUGGUACUGUUGCUUUCGUGCUCAGUAGGGUCGAAAUGGAGGCAACCAUUCGG